AGACAGACAAACUCCCCCAACACAAGCAGGUCUGCUCCUGCAGCCAAUCAGAGCACACUGGGCUCUAUAUAGGGAGUGUUUAAUGCCUUCAGUGGGAUGCAGAGCGACACACACCAGACCUGAUCUGAUCUGAUCUGAACGCACAUUCAGGUUUCAGUGUCCAAAGAAGAAGCAGAAAUGGCUGGAUUUUGGCUGCUGAGAUUGAUUCUAGCUGUAGCAGCUCUCACAGUGUGUACAGCCCAGCGCCGACUCUCUCCCAGCGUUUUACAUGAGAAAUCAGGUGUUGUGUGUCUGAAUGGAGGGACGUCUCUCUUGUCUCCGUCGGGGCGUCACAUGCUCUGUUUCUGUCCUGAUGGCUUCAGUGGCUCCAACUGUGAAAGAGAUGAAUCCGUCUCCUGCUUUGACGGGUUGGGUCUGCAGUACAGAGGUCCCGUGUCCAAAUCAGAGAGUGGGCGAGAAUGUCUGGAAUGGGAUUCAGAGAGUGUGCGUGGAAUUGGAGCCUAUCCCAAGAAUCAUGGCCCGGGACGACACAACUACUGCAGGCGAGUUACUCUGAGUGAAGAGCGCAGGCUGACUGAGAAUACUAGAAUGAGAACAAACAGACGCUGGAGACCCAGACAAACACACAACACACCCACACACCGUUGCUACACACACACCACCGCCACCAUCAUCAAGAAGGACUACUACAAUACACCACGCUCAAAAAAAGAUCACGGUUCUGGCAGUCUGACAGGUGCGCAGUCCGGCUGGCAGUGUGGCCAGAGGGAGGAGCGGAACAUGAAGGUUGUGGGCGGGGCUUUGAGCACGGUGGAGCGCCACCCCUGGAUGGCGGCGGUGUUCAGCAGGAGCGCCCGCGGGAGAUCGUUCACCUGCGGCGGGAGUCUCAUCUCGCCCUGCUGGGUCCUCACGGCCGCGCACUGCUUCCCCGACGGCACUAAGACUAGCCUGCAUAAACUCUCAGUAUUUGUGGGGAAGAACGCCAUCAAUGAGACGGAUGCUCAGAGAGAGCAGGAGCUCAGGGUCUCGGAGCUCUUCAUCCAUGAACACUUCGACAACACAGACGGCAACUACAACAACGACAUCGCGCUGUUGAAGAUCCGCAGUCCUGACGGUCACUGUGCUAAAGAGUCCAGUUCUGUCAAGACGGUUUGCAUCCCUGAAGCGCAUCAGUCUCUCAGUGCUGGGACGUCCUGUGAGGUCACUGGAUACGGCAGAGAACAAGAAGGGUUGUGGUAUUACUCUCAGUAUCUCAGAGAAGCAAAGGUCAACCUGCUGUCACAGGACGUGUGCUCGAGUAAAGAAUAUUACGACAGCAUGUUCACAGACAACAUGCUGUGUGCCGGGAGUCCCGACUGGAGCGCGGACGCAUGUAAGGGUGACUCUGGCGGGCCGCUGGUGUGUCGUGUCCGUGAGCGUGUGUUUCUGUUCGGUGUGGUGAGCUGGGGAGAGGGAUGUUCCAGACAGUUCCGUCCUGGAGUUUAUACCAAAGUCAGCAACUAUUACAACUGGAUCCUGGAGAAAACCGGAUUGCUGUCACUCAGCUGAGAACAGGAGCUCACCUGCCCUCAUUCACCACAGAGACCAACACAAAGAACAUGAACCAACAACUGCUCAAACUGAUUUCUGUUCAGUUACUCGUUAAUAUGUCCAUCAUUCUUACAUUCCAUUCUAUUGCAAAGAUAUAGCAGCAGCUCAAAGGACUUUCCGUAUGAAAAAUGUUUGUGAAAGUAUUGUUUUGCAUUGGUAUUGAAAUGUACAGUGUUACUUGGUUUUCAUUUGUUUUUAUAAUUUUAUAUUGCUGUGUUACUAUUAAUGUUUUGUCAAUGAUAAAAGCCAAUUAUUAGGCCAAUAAACAAGCACUGUGUACAUUCUGAGUAAACGUUGUGUAAAAUAAGUGUUUGUAUUAAUAUGUGUGUAUAAAUAGAUAUAAAUGUAUUUCCUAAUAAUAAAUAAAUUGUACACAAGAUAAUUUAAUAAGAUUUUUGUUGUGUUAUGAGCACAUGUG